CCAGCCGCUAGCGUCGCCCUCGCCGCCGCCGCUGGGGCAUCCACAGUGCAGUCGGCGCCAGCGUCAGGAGCAGCGGGCCCCGAUCCGUCACGAGCCUCGCGUGAGCCGCUAGCUUCUCCCGGUGCUGCCAGGAUGAUCUCCCUCACGGAUUCGCAGAAAAUCGGGAUGGGGCUGACAGGGUUCGGUGUGUUUUUCCUCUUCUUUGGGAUGAUGCUGUUUUUCGAUAAAGCUCUCCUCGCCAUCGGAAAUAUUCUGUUUGUCUCCGGUCUGUCCUUCGUCAUCGGCCUGGAGCGCACGUUCAGAUUUUUCUUCCAGAGACACAAAGCAAAAGCCACCAGUUUCUUCCUGGGAGGGGUGUUUGUGGUUCUGAUCGGCUGGCCGAUCAUUGGGGUCGUUCUGGAGAUCUACGGUUUCUUCCUCCUAUUCAGGGGAUUUUUCCCGGUGGCAGUGGGCUUCAUCAGACGAGUGCCUGUGCUCGGGUCUUUGCUCAGUUUACCGGGGAUCAGUACCCUGGUCGACAAAAUUGGCGAGAGCAACACUAUGGUAUAACAGUGGGUUGUUUCAGUUUCAGUAUUUAUCAAAGCUUCUAAUAGUUACUGUAUAUUUUGGUCAUUGCCACUCCAGAACUGUGAAUCCAAACAUUUUUUCUGCACAAAAGACACUGGUUUAUUGGUUUAUUUGUGGACAUUUGACUGACAUCAGGAAGUUUCCUCCGUCAGAAGGAAACACUUUUGUAUCUGACUGCAACUGGACAAAGUUACCAAGAGAUUUUUUUUUCAUUUUAACGGUUGGAAGCAGGUUUCCUUCUUUUUUUUUUUUUUUUUUUUGUAUGAUUCCAGUCCGAUAUUUAUGGACUGAUAAUUUGGGACCACUGGACCAACUCAGCGGAGAGUCUGGAGCCUUUUGUAGCAUCCACUCCUCCAGAUUGUGUGCCUAAACAGUCACUGAGAGCAUUUUUGGGUUCCUCUGUGAAGUGUUACUGGAAUUUUGUACUUUAAAAUAAAUAAGGUUGAGCUGAAUGUUACUUAGGCAAAGAAACCUGAACUUGUUGUGGAAAGAGUUCAAGAGGCUUGUUGUGGAGAUGUUUGACCCUAAAUUUUGUAAGUGCAUACUUGAAAUAAAGUGUGUCUUUUAUA